CUUCGGGAGGUGAGUGCUAUCUGCAAACACCGGACCUGGACGCAGCACCCGGAUUUACGGAUUGGCCGUUUAGCUAGUAUUAUGAAUGACACGACAAAUUCUCUAAAGUUGCAGAGGUCUUAUAGUCUUUUCUAGUUUCCUGAAGAACAGGGAAGUCCCCCCUCCCGGAGUUAGCGGUGCUGCGAUCCGGGAGCAACAUGGCGACGUCCAUGAGGGGAUAGUUUGGGGAGUAGCUAGUGCUGAGUACGGCUGUCCUGUCUAACUCUGACCGAGUGAAGUUUUCCCCAAGUACCCAGGUAAAGAAUUAUCUACUAACAGGUGGGCAUCGUCAGAGACCCGCCAUUCGCUCGCGGCCACACUAAGGAACGGAGUCUUGAGCAGUGAGCAAGAUGAGUAACAUCUACAUCCAGGAGCCGCCCACGAAUGGGAAGGUUUUAUUAAAAACUACGGCUGGAGAUAUUGACAUAGAGCUGUGGUCAAAAGAGGCCCCUAAAGCAUGCAGAAAUUUCAUUCAGCUUUGUUUGGAGGCCUACUAUGACAACACCAUUUUUCAUAGAGUCGUACCUGGCUUCAUAGUCCAAGGUGGAGAUCCCACAGGCACCGGGACUGGUGGAGAAUCUGUCUAUGGAGCCCCAUUCAAGGAUGAGUUUCACUCACGGUUGCGUUUUAAUAGGAGAGGACUGGUUGCCAUGGCAAAUGCCGGUCCACAUGAUAAUGGCAGCCAGUUUUUCUUUACCCUGGGUCGAGCAGAUGAACUCAACAAUAAGCACACCAUCUUUGGAAAGGUUACAGGGGAUACAGUGUACAACAUGCUACGCCUGACAGAAGUAGACAUCGAUGAUGAAGAAAGACCCCGCAAUCCACAUAGAAUCAAGAGUUGUGAGGUUUUGUUUAACCCUUUUGAUGACAUCAUUCCAAGGGAAAUUAAAAAGCCCAAGAAAGAGAAGGCAGAGGAAGAAAUCAAGAAAUUGAAACCCAAAGGCACAAAAAAUUUUAGUUUACUGUCUUUCGGAGAAGAAGCUGAGGAGGAGGAGGAGGAAGUGAACCGAGUCAGUCAGAGCAUGAAGGGGAGAAGUAAAAGCAGCCAUGACCUGCUGAAGGACGAUCCGCAUCUCAGCUCUGUCCCGGCCGUCGAAAGUGAAAAAGAUGAUGCAACAGGAGAUUUAGAAGAUCUUUCACAGGAUGCUGAAGAUGACAGUGCAGAGCACGAUGGCUCCAUGGAGGAGGAUGAGAAGAACCUGAUGAGAGAAAGAAUCGCAAAACGGUUGAAGAAAGAUGCAAGUGCCAAUGUGAAGGCAGCCGGAGACGGGGAGAGGAAGCCCGCAAGCCGAAGGUGAGUCAGGCGUG